AUAAGCAUUUAAAAUUUAUAUAUAUGAUAUAAAGAUAUUUACAAAAGAUAACAAUUAAUUUUAUGAUGAUAAUUAAAUAAUGCAUUAUGCAAACAACAGUCUUAAUAGGCUAAGUUUGUAUUACGCGUUUCUUUUUCUGACAAGUCUUUGAUUGGUCAAGCUUUUACAAAGAAAAGAAUGCGCGCGCACGAGAAUGAAGCCGCGUGUAGAAAACAGUCGGUAAGACGAUGCCAACAAUACAAGAAGUGAGACAAAACGUAAUUAUUUUUCUUUGCAGUGAAAGAAAUUUAACUUUUUAAUCGAUUAUUUUCAUAGUCUUGAAUUUUGAAUAACUUUUUGUAAUAUUGUGAGCACGAACUAUACGUACUUAUACAUAUACACAUAUACAUAUAUACAUAGUACCGGGUAUUCAUUUUGGCGGUUCACUAGUUGCACGCGGCACACGGAAAGUGGUAAAGAGAGAGUAGGUGGUUGUAUUAAUACGAACUUCAAAGGUGGCGGGCGAGGUGUAUAGUGAAGUGAAAAACGUGAAAUGGAAUUGCACACGCCGAAGCGUGAAACGCGUCCCUUAGAAGCGUUGCCGUGUAGCCCUCCGAUGUGCGAUAGUAUGCUUUAUCCGUGGAAUUGGAGUGAAGAGGCGAGAAAUGUAAAUCUUAGUCCGGGUAGCUCAUGUUCUUCACCAGAAUAUAGAGAAAAUAGCGUGGUAGCCACGCGAUCCGGACCUCGAUCACGUUCUGGAGGUUCAGAAAGUCAUCGUCGUGGUCGACCGAGAGCUGAUGCUCUUUCGAAUCUUAUGAUGCAAGGAAGUACUUCACCAAGUAGUAUAAAAUGUACUUAUUGUAGCCGUGUAUUUCCACGAGAAAAAAGUCUUCAAGCACAUUUGCGUACCCAUACAGGGGAACGGCCAUAUCCAUGUGAUUAUCCUGGAUGUACAAAAGCUUUUACACAAUCAGGACAAUUAAAAACCCACCAGCGAUUACAUACUGGAGAAAAACCAUUUUUAUGUACAGAACCUGGCUGUGAAAUGCGAUUUACACAUGCUAAUAGACAUUGUCCAGAUCAUCCAUAUGCUACUCUUACACGAUCUGAUGAUUUUGUGUUAAAACCAGUAUCAGAAAAUACUGAGUUACCUCAUGAUGUUACCAGAUGGCUAGAACGUUAUAAAAUGUCUAGAGAAAGAGAAGAUAGAACACCUACAGGAAAGAAUGAACGUAAAAAAAAAACAUGGAAGAGUAGUUCAGAAAAUCACAAAAGAGUUAAAUCUAGAAAAGGUUUGAUGAUGGAUGCAACAGGGGAACAAGAAAAUUUAGAUUGUAAACAAUCUAAUCAAAGAUUGUAUUGUGGAGAAAGUCAGGAUAGUCAAGAAGAAAGUCAAGAUGAAGAUCCAACAGUAUUACAAACAUCUGAAGAUGAAGAAAUAGGAACAAAAUUAGCAAUUACUCCUUUAAGAAGACCAUUAGAUAGACUUCAGCCAAAGAAAAGGUGGUUACGUGAAGCUUGUUUAGAACAACAAUUAGCAAAACCUUUAAAUUGGGACACUAAAUCUAUUAAUGUACCUACAACUAUUUCAUUUAAAAUUAAUGAUAACCAAAUGCAUUGGAGUUCACCUGUUCAUAAUUCAUCUACUUUGUUAGAUAAUUCAUGUUUAAAUGCAUGUAAAGAAAUUGAACUUACAAAAUCAGAUGUAGAUGCCUCUUAUGCAUCUACCCAAAUAUGGGAUACAACUGUAGAAAAUGAAUCUCUAGAGCCACCAGUAAAAGAAGAACAAAAAUAUGUAUUUCAAACAUCAAAUAUAUUGCCUCAAAGUAAUUGGAAUUCUUCACAUCAUGUGAAUAAUUUUUCAGAUGAUAUAAAUCAAAUAAAAACUAAUAUUAAUCAUUCUACUUGUAAACUUGAGUCUUCUGAAAAUUCAAAUAAUAUAUAUUGGAAUAAUAAUUUAACAAAUGAAAUAUCUAAAUCUCCACUGAAUCAAUCCAAUAUAACAAUUCAAGAUUUUGGUCAAAAAAAUAUUUCCAAACAAAAUACAUUUAUAAAUUCUCAUAUUAGUGAAAAUGUAACAAGACCGACUGUUUUGAUGUUAGCUGGAAGUUUUAAUAAUAAUAACAACAAUAAUAACAAUAAUAAUAAUAACAAUAAUAAAGAUACUAUUUCAAAAUUAUCACCAAUAAAAUCUGAAACAGGAUUAAAAGUAGUUGUUGUUAAGCAGGAGGAUAAUAUUAUCAAGUUACCAAUUCCAGAGGAUAGUCAAAAAUGGUUAGGAGCUUUAGCUUUGAUGGAAUUAGCUAAAAAUCAAGAAGAGACAGGAAGAAAUGUGAAUUUUAAACAGAAUAAAGAUGAAUUCUACGUUAACUCUGAGCUGAAUUAUACCCAUUUAUAGACUGUGAUUACUGGCUAUUAUAGUUUCGUAUUAUUUUUGUAUGGCAGAAAAGAAUAAAAAUGCAUUUAUUGUCAUAAUGAAGUUCAUUUUUGAACAUGAUAAUGAAAAAUUCAAAUCUGCCUUUCUUGUUAACAUUAUCAAAUAGCAUUUUUUACAAUUUUCUUUGAUACUUUUCUAAUUACAUUAUAAUGUUACAGUUUAUUAUGUUGACCAUUUAUUAGUAUUUUACUACAAAACUACAUGUUAUGACUUUAUGCCAUUAUUAAUAUUAAGAGUAAAAAUCUGAAAAUAUUUUUUUCUUUUUUCGUUUCUGAUCUUUUUGUUUUUUCUUUUUAAAAAAAAUGAUUUAUGUAUAAAAAUACAUAUUUCUUUUCAUAAAUUUAAUUCUGCAAGAUAUUUUUAAUUUGAUAAAAUAAUAUUAUAAAGCUUCAAUUUCACGUAGAUAUUACUAUUGUAUUUGUAUACAAUUACCAAAGUAAUUUUCAUAAAAAAUUUUUCUCAACUUAUAUAAACAAUGAGUAUAUAACUUUAACAUUUAAAUAUAUGAAAAUAUUUUUUAUUUAUUUCAAAAUUUUUAUCAGAACAAAAAAAGAAAGCAAAAUAAGUUAUAUAAAAAAUUAAAAAUUAUUCUAUGUAUAUUUAAAUUAUACUUUACAAAUCUUAUUUGUGUUUGUUAUUAAUACAUAAUUUACCAUUUAAUGAAAUGUUCUGAAAAGAUUGUUUACAAUACAAGUUCUUAUAUACUUUUAAUUUUAAAUAUAUAUAAAAAUAGAUUAUUUGAUCAUUCAUCCAAUUUAACAGAAAUUUUAAAAAUUAUUUUCUUUUUAUUAAUUAUUUUUGCAUUCAAGUUAUAUGAAAAUAUCUGAUAUGAUAACUGUUAACUUUGCACUUAUUCAAUUAUUUUCAUUAAUAUUCAUAUCUUCAUAUUAUUGCAAGAGAAAAUUUUGAUAUAAUUGAUAUUUUAAUGCAAUUUUCUACAUUUGAUUUUUCAUUUAAUGAAGUUAUAAAAUAUUACAUUUUCCUUUUAGAUAAUGAUGCAAAAGUUUAUUUAUUAUCAUACUAUAUAAUAAUAAAAAAAUUGUGUGAUAUUUAGAAUAUUAGAAAGAUUUACAAAUAAAUUUUUUUUCCAAAAUAUGAAUGAAGUUUGUAAAGUAUUUAAUUGGAAUAAAUAUGAUUAUUAUUUAUAAAAUGUUACAAAGGAAAAGUAAUAGAUAUACAUAAAAUAAAAAAUUUUCAUUUGUAAUAUCAUUAAUUAUAAUUUUAACUCCUACUAUUUUUUACUAGAUGUGUACAUAUGUGAAAUAUUUUAAUAAAUAUUUUUUAAAAUUUUA